CGCUGACGUCGACUUGUGCAGCAAAAUGGCGGCGUUGACAGCAGUGCGUCAGGCGGACCGGUUCGGAUCUUUAUUGUCUCCAAAGCGAACCGGAAUGAAGACAAGGUGUUUGACGCUUUUGGACUGCAGUGUCCUGCUGUUGCUUUCGUUAGCCUCCAUGCUGCACUGUGCUGCGGCUGACGGUAAAACGCUGGUGCUGCUUGACAACCUCAACAUCAAAGACACCCAUUCAGUCUUCUUCCGCAGUCUGGCAGAUCGUGGAUUUGACCUCACAUUCAAGACCGCUGACGAUCCCUCCCUAUCCUUGAUCAAAUACGGGCAGUUCCUCUACGACCAUCUAAUAAUUUUCGCCCCAUCAGUUGAAGACUUUGGUGGAAAUAUCAACUUGGACACUAUAACGUCGUUCAUUGAUGGGGGAGGCAACAUCCUGGUAGCUGCAAGUUCAGAUAUUGGUGACCCACUGAGGGAGUUGGGAAGUGAGUGUGGCAUUGAGUUUGAUGAGGAAAAGACCGCCGUUAUUGACCACCACAACUAUGACGUUUCUGACCCUGGGGAGCACACCCUGAUUGUUGCUGACCCAGAGAACCUGCUUAAGGCUCCCACUAUUGUUGGCAAACCCACUAACAAACCUGUUCUAUUCCAGGGUGUUGGCAUGGUUGCUGACCCAGACAACCCACUUGUCCUGGACAUCCUUACUGGUUCUUCGACCUCCUACUCCUAUUUCCCUGACAGAGCAAUCUCUCAGUACCCCCAUGCUGUGGGGAAGAACACCUUGCUGAUUGCUGGGCUGCAGGCCAGAAACAAUGCCAGGGUGGUUUUCAGCGGCUCCUUGGACUUCUUCAGCGACGCCUUCUUCAACUCUGCUGUGCAGAAAGCCAGACCAGGUUCUCAAAGGCACGAGCAAACGGGGAAUAUGGAGCUUGCUUUGGCUCUGUCCCGCUGGGUGUUUAAGGAGGCAGGAGUCCUCCGGGUGGGAGCUGUUACUCAUCAUCCUGUGGGAAAGACGGCUCCUCCUGCAGCAUACACAGUUACUGACCUCGUGGAGUACAGCAUUGUCAUUGAGAUGUUGUCCGAGGGCCACUGGGUCCCUUUCGACGGAGAUGAUAUUCAGCUCGAGUUUGUGAGGAUUGACCCCUUUGUCAGAACUUACCUCAAGAAAAAUGGAGGUAAAUACAGCGUUCAGUUCAAAUUGCCUGACGUGUAUGGAGUUUUCCAGUUCAAGGUGGACUACAACCGACUGGGAUACACACAUCUCUACUCUUCCACUCAGGUGUCAGUACGUCCCCUGCAGCACACUCAGUACGAGCGCUUCAUUCCCUCAGCCUUCCCUUACUAUGCCAGUGCCUUCUCCAUGAUGACAGGACUCUUUGUCUUCAGUGUAGUCUUCCUGCACAUGAAAGAGAAGGAGAAGUCUGACUAAAAUCAAAGACAACAAUAAGGAUGGGACAACAAAAAGUGUAAAAUCCAAACUGUGGUGUGAAGAAUUGAAACUGAAUGUCUUUACGGCUCAAAGUUCGAACUGUUUGGACUGUUCAUAUUCUGUUAUUAAGGGCAUGUUAUGGGUGUGUGGGUCACAAGGUUGCUGACUGCAAGUUAAUGCAGUAUUUCUUUUUUUUUUUUAAGAUUCAUCUUAAAAUCUCCCAAAGCCCCGUAUGUGGUAAAGUCAGUCAGCUUUUGUAUAAAGUUGCUUCACAUUUGGUUAAAAUUUAGGAUAAAGCAGUUGCAAAUUAUGUUUAAAUUAUGUUUAAAUUUGACCUGCAUUCUUCUCAGAAUAUUGUUUUGUGUUUGAAACAUGCACUGAAUAUGCUGACAGUUCUUUUGUUUUUAAAAGAAACUUUUGAAAAAGCUGCAGGCCUCUUUAAAAAAAAUAAAAUGAUCACAUUCCA